AAUGCGAUCAGUUAUCCAACGGCUGGUAUCUAGACAAGUUCCUAUACGAUCGAGCGUUAGCUAAUAUUCCGGUCGGUGCCAAAUAAAAUAUAUUCAAAUUACUGGUAUCUCCAAUUUCAAAAUUAAAACCUCAAAAUCUUUGUUUGAUAUCUACAAACUACAUAUGUAUGUACCUACACAAAAUAUUUAAAAAUCAUCAAAGCAACUUUACUAUUGUAUUAAAUUUCCAUUCGACACACAAAUAAAAAAUUCGAUAAAAAUUCUAAAUUGAUAAAAUUCAGAAUGCUGGACACUUUAAUUUAUAUUCCAACUGUUUUGGCCUACACCUUUAUCAGUCUACUUAUCUCCAUUCUGUGCUUCAUUGUUGUUUAUGUCAGCCAUAAAGUUUAUCUUAGUAUCUAUGACAUUCUGCCGGUGACACCAGCCAAUUCAAAUCAAGACCUAUACAAAUCAAAAUCUCCCCCCGCAGCGUUAAGAAUUUACAUAUGGAUUGGACGCAGUCGCUUAGCUCUGCUGGUAUUGGAACCGGCGGUAGCACCAGGUACGCACUUAUUAAAGUACACAGAAAGCAUUUCGUCGAUACCUUGGAAUGAACACACCAAAUCCAACAACAUCAGCUACGUCAACUACAGCAGCUACACUACUGGAACUCGAAAUAGUAGUUUACAGGAAAACUGCAAUCUAUGCAUGACGUCCCAUUGAUCCCUAUGGCGUAUACGUAACAAAAAUAUGAAACGGAGUCGCAGAGAGUUGUUUCAAACUUAAUAUUUAUAAUAUUCUUGAAUAAUUAAGUGCUUAGAUAAAUUAUUAUAAAGAAUGUGGUUUAUUAAAAUGCAAUUAUACUCGUAGAAGUUAGAAAACUUGUUAGAAGUGAUAAACUUUUUAUCUAAAAGAACUUGAAAUACAAACAUUGAGAGAAAUAUAUGAAGUAGAAUUUUAUUAACAUUUAAUCAAAAGCUCUUUUUGUUGUUUGUGGUAUUUUCUCCAAUUAAUAAAUUAUUAUUAUUUAGUGGUUCAAAUAGAUGAAUUUGAUUGUUUUAAAUAGAAAUAGAUUGAUUUAAACUUAACGAUGAUGGUGAUAUGCAAUGCAAAGAAAUAUAUAUACAAAAUAUGUAAAUAGAAUAAUUUAAAAAACAAUAAAAUAUGUAUAAAUUAAUUCAAAUGAA